AUGGACCAGCAGUGGACUGCCUACUCGGAAGCGCCAGGUGCGACCCGCCAGGCGCGGUACGCUCCACACGCUCCGCACGGAAAUGCUUCGCCCCAGCACACACAGCAGCGCGACACCAGUGUGUCCUCGCAAAGUAAGCAGGACGCCUACGCCUCAUCCAACGGCCCCUCGCGCCAGAACUCCAUGCCCCUCGCCGCGCCAGGUCCAUCCACCAACCGCGCCGGCUCCGACUUUACCAACGACGGCGACGGCGACAUCGCAAUGGAAGACGCAGACCCCUACAAGCCCAAGUAUGGUGCACAGCGCCCCCACCACCACCACCAACGGCACUCGCAGCAGUUGUUACAGCAAGAAGAGAGCGCCGCGGCGCGCAGGUACUCGCCCAUGAAUCUGUCGCCCACAUCACCUUAUCCGGCCACCACGCAGCAGAGCGGCCAAAACUACACCAGCUUCACCCCUCAAGCCCAGUCUCAGGCUCAGUCCCAGGCUCAGGCUCAGUCUCAGUCCCAGUCCCAGUCCCAGGCACAGGCACAGGCACAGGCACAGACGCACAGCAAUCGUCAGAGCCCAACACGGACGAAUCCUUACAUGUCGCCGCCCAACAGCUAUUACUCGCCUCCAGCAUCCCGGCCACACGCGCCACAACUUCCACCAAUUCAGUCCAACAUGAGCCCAGAUAGUUUCUAUCCACAGUCUGCCACGGCACAACUAAACGCCGUCUACAAUAGGGAGGCUCGCUCCCCCCGCACAACCACCAAUUCAAACCCUCCUCAGCUACCCCCAAUUGGCCGAGGACCUGUUCCCAAGUUUGAAAAAUGUACCAACACAGCAGGUUUACAGCCCAAGAUCAAUGCCCAGCCUCCCUUUCGGCGCGCAAACCCAGAAGGCGGGUUUAUUAGUCCUCUACAAGCCCUGACGGCGCAUCUUCCUACCACGUACAAGCUUUGCAAUGGCGGUUUCAACUACCAGUCCUCGCGCAACCCACGGCGAGUCCUCACAAAGCCAAGCAAAGGCGUCAAGAAUGACGGGUACGACAACGAGGACAGCGAUUACAUCCUCUACGUCAAUGACAUUCUCGGCUCAGAGGAAUCAGGGCACAAGAACCGCUAUUUGAUCCUGGACGUACUGGGACAGGGUACUUUUGGACAGGUGGUGAAAUGCCAGAACCUCAAGACGCAAGAGGUGGUAGCAGUCAAGGUGAUCAAGAACCGGACAGCGUACUUCAACCAGAGUAUGAUGGAGGUUUCUGUGCUCGAUCUGGUAGGCCCUUCCUUUACAGAGAGACGACCAUGUGAUGCUGACAAGGAUGACCAGUUGAACAAGCAGAUGGACAAGAACGACGACCAUCAUCUCCUCCGGCUCAAAGACACGUUCAUUCACAGACAGCAUUUGUGCCUCGUCUUCGAACUUCUCAGUGUCAACCUGUACGAGCUCAUCAAGCAGAAUCAGUUCCGCGGCCUGUCCACGACUCUGGUACGCGUGUUCGCGCAACAGCUCAUCAAUGGUCUGGCGUUGUUGGGCAAAGCCAAGCUCAUUCAUUGUGAUCUGAAACCAGAGAAUAUUUUGCUGAAGAACCUCGAAAGCCCAAUCAUCAAAAUCAUCGACUUCGGUUCUGCCUGUGACGAACGGCAGACAGUUUACACCUAUAUUCAAUCGCGCUUCUAUCGCUCGCCUGAGGUCCUACUGGGCCUACCAUACUCUGCCGCAAUCGACAUGUGGUCGUUGGGUUGCAUAGUCGUCGAGCUGUUCCUCGGCUUGCCCUUGUUCCCUGGCUCGUCUGAAUACAAUCAGGUAUCGAGGAUAACCGAAAUGCUCGGUCUACCCCCACAUUGGAUGUUAGAAAUGGGCAAGCAAUCCGGCGAAUUCUAUGAAAAGAGCCAAGACGAGUAUGGCCGCAAACAGUAUCGGUUGAAGUCGAUGGAGCAAUACUCGCGAGAGCAUGGCACAAAGGAGCAACCGAGCAAGAAAUACUUUUCAGCGACGACCUUGCCUGACAUCAUCAAGAACUAUCCAAUGCCACGGAAGAACAUGAAGCCGAACGAGGUUGAACGAGAACUGGCCAACCGAGCCGCCUUUAUCGACUUUGCACAAGGCCUGCUGAACCUUAACCCCCUGGAGCGAUGGACGCCUGCACAAGCGAAACUACAUCCUUUUAUCACCCAGGCGAAAUUCACGGGUCCCUUUGUGCCCCCAAUGACGCUGAAGUCGGGCUCCAGCAGGUCUCCGGCGCCUGGGGUACAGGAACAGCAAAGAUACGAAGGCAUGAGCAGGCAACGUCAACAGCAACAGCAGCAACAGGUUGUCGCCGCACAGCAGGCUCAAGCAGCGCAGAACGCUGCCUAUGCUAACAUGCAAAUGAAUCAAUAUGCUGCCGCCCAGAGCCCACACGCUCAACCCAACCCGUACAGCAACAACAUGUACGUGCCAAAUCACCAAGGUGCACCUCCUCCCUAUCCUGCCCAGGCUGGGCAGUAUACUCAGCAGCCGAUGAAUAUGAUGCAACCUCAGCAACCCCGACAGUACAAUCAACCCCAGAAUCUCUAUGCGCAAGCCACGACAAGGGCUGGGAGACAGCGGGCUACCACCAUGGACCAACAACAGUCAGCGGGCUCUGGGAUCCCUCCGGCACUCCAGCGUGUCAUGAGUCAUUUAGACCCGAAUGCGCCUGUCCGAUUGCAGCCAUCGCCCGCCUACUAUCCACCGCCGCCAGAUGGUGCACCUGAAAGUGCUGGUAGCGCCCGGAGAAGAGGGUCACGCGCCAAUAACGGGACUGGGAAUGCGAGCAACCGAAAUCAAAAUUUUGUGCGCAAUCUGGAAGAUCGAACUUUGGAGGAAGGAUUCAUGAGCCAGAACCAUUGGCAAUGA